CCAGACCACCAUGCGGGGCUCCGGGCCGCUCCUCGCCGCCCUCCUCCUGGCCACGGCCGGCAGCCUCUUCCCCACACCGGCGGCCGCGCAGAACGCCGGGUUUGUCAAGUCGCCCAUGUCAGAAACUAAACUCACGGGGGACGCCUUUGAGCUGUACUGUGACGUGGUUGGGAACCCCACACCAGAGAUCCAGUGGUGGUAUGCGGAAGUCAACCGAGCUGAAUCUUUCAAACAGCUAUGGGACGGCGCUCGGAAGCGCCGUGUCACCAUUAACACUGCCUACGGGGUGAACGGCGUGAGCGUGCUGAGAAUUGUCCGCCUUACCUUGGAAGACUCUGGGACUUACGAGUGCAGGGCAAGCAACGAUCCCAGAAGGAAUGACUUGAGGCAAAAUCCUGCCAUAACGUGGAUACGGGCCCAGGCUACCAUAAGCGUCCUUCAGAAGCCCGGGAUCAACGCCACCGAGGGUGUCACCAUUCCUUCCCAAAACCCUUCCGCCAUUGUCCUGCAGUGCAACCUCACUUCGGUUCCCAGCCCGCUCAGUUACAGCUAUUGGGUGAAAAAUGGCGAGGAGAUUUCGGGCUCCAGGAAGAACACUGAAACUUCUACAGAGUACAGAAUCCCGAAGCCCAGAGCGGAUGAUUCAGGGGAAUACGUGUGCGUGUUCACAUUCGCUAGCUCUCCUGUAGCAAAUGCAACUAUAGAAGUGAGAGCAAAGCCUGACAUCACUGGCCACAAGCGAAGCGAGAACAAGAACGAAGGUCAGGACGCCAUGAUGUACUGCAAGUCCGUGGGCUUCCCGUUCCCAGAGUGGGCCUGGCGCAAGAGGGUUGAAGGGGUCUUUGUGGAUCUCAGAAACGACAGCGGCCGCUUCUUCAUCGUCAGCAAAGAGAACUACACCGAACUGCACAUCAAAAACCUUCAGAUCGACGAGGACCCCGGCGAGUACCAGUGCAACGCUACCAACCCAGUCGACUCCACAGCCGAGACCACCAUCCUGCGCGUCCGCAGCCGCUUGGCUCCUCUGUGGCCUUUCUUGGGGAUCCUGGCCGAGAUCAUAAUCCUCAUCGUCAUCAUCGUGGUUUACGAGAAGAGGAAGCGGCCCGACGAAGUCCCUGACGACGAUGAACCAGCUGGGCCAAUGAAAACCAACUCCACAAACAACCACAAAGACAAAAAUCUACGCCAGAGAAACACAAAUUAAAAGU